AUGCAAGGGAGUAAGCUAAGGGAUACCGCAAAAACAAUCACCAAUGGACGAGCUUCAAGCAGAGAAAGAAAAUUGGCUUUACAACAAGACGUUGAUAAGCUGAAGAAGAAGCUUAGACAUGAAGAGAAUGUACACAGAGCUUUGCAGAGGGCAUUUACUAGACCCUUGGGAGCUCUACCUCGUCUACCUCCUUAUCUGCCUCCUUAUACAUUGGAGCUUCUAGCCGAAGUGGCUGUUCUGGAAGAGGAGGUGGUUCGGCUAGAAGAACAGCUAGUGCAUUUUAGGAAGGAUUUGUAUCAGGAAGCUGUCAACAUAUCAACCUCCAAGAGGAAAAUGGAAACCUCAGCUGAUUUGUGUGAUUCAUACCCCAUAAAGAAUCCCAAACAGGAGCAACCCAAAUCUCAAGCUCAAAGAGUAAACAAUUCUACCAAUGCCACAGAGAAGCAUUGGCCAUCCCCUUCUGAUGAUAAGCAGGGGAAAGAGAACCAAUCUUCUAACAAUUCGACGAAGAAGAACAAUGAGAAAUCUUUGAUCCAUAAAGCCCAGGUUAGGACUCCAGUGAAGAGACCUCCAAUUGAUCACAAAACAGCAGAAAAGCGUUCAGAUCCUCAGAAACUACAGGUAGAAUAUAGAGUCAUGGACCAAGAAAGUGCACAAGUACCGGACAAAGAGAUGUCCGGAGAUGAAAGUCCCAACAAAAUUUCUGAAAACAUUCUGAAGUGCUUGUCAAGCAUUCUUAUGAGAAUGAGUUCAGCAAAGGGCACAGCCGAAAGUUUACCUUCCUUCUCAACAUUAGCAGCUCAAGAAAAUAAUGAACGAAAAGAAUCUUGGGAUCCUUAUGCUAUUUGUUCCGAAUUUGGACAAAGAGAUAUCGGUCCAUAUAAGCAAUUACAUGCAAUUGAAGCUGAAACUAUUAAUCCAAACCGAACAGCAAAUGCUUUGUUCCUACUCCGAAGAUUGAAGCUACUGCUCCGAAAACUUGCUUCUGUAAAUUUACAACGUCUCAGUCAUCAGGAGAAGCUUGCAUUCUGGAUAAAUAUCUACAAUUCCUGCAUGAUGAAUGCAUUUCUAGAGCACGGAAUACCUGAGAGUCCUGAGAUAAUUGUUGCACUCAUGCAGAAGGCAACAAUAAAUGUUGGAGGACACUUGUUAAAUGCAAUAACUGUUGAACACUUUAUCUUGAGACUGCCUUAUCACUCAAAAUAUGUUCAAAGUUCCAAGCAACUGACAUCAGUAAUAAAUGGUCUUCUGCCAAAUGUAGGUGAGAGUAUAUACUGCAUCCCAAGUUGA